AUGACGACGAACGCGAAGAAGUCGAGACGUGCAGACGACGACGACCGCGACUCUUAUUCCAUAUCCAACGCGAUUUUGGAGGAAUCCAUGAAGCUGUGCUCGGAAUUGCGCUCGUACGUUUACUUCGCAUUCUCGCUCAAAUCAAUCCGCCUCGUCGUGUUCGACACGUUCCCUCGAGCGAUGCAUUCCAUCUGGUCGAGUUUCCACGUCAUCGUCGGCGCGUUGAUCUGCACAUCCGCGGCGAUUUCCCUGGCGUUCGCGUUUGACGUGAGCGCGAUGUUUUUUACCAUGCCGCUGUGCUUUCUCGCCGUCGGGGGAAGGUUGAUGACGCCGACGGAAAUCGACGACGAACGGUUACGGAGGAAAGCGGCUGAAGCGUAUUAUAAGGCGAAGGCGACGUUCGAGCGAGGACGACGACGACGGAAUAAAAUGAUGAAGAAGAAGAGACGAAUAGUAAACGCGAACAACUAUAAGGAGGAUGAAACGGAAUCUUCGAGCGAUGACGAACACGUGCUCGGUAAGGAAGAGUACGAGACGAGAGAGAGAGCGCGUUUGGAACGCGAAGCGAGAGCGGCGUGGCGAGAGAUGCGCGAGAAGCAAAAGGAGAAGAACGACCCGCAGUUUCGACCUCUGCCGGAAUGCGGAUUGUGGCCGCACGGGCCGGUGUUUAUUCGGUCCAGCGCGAGAGAACCGAGUCAGAGGUGCGUAAACAACUCGUGGAGUAGAUUGAAGAAGAAGAAGGAUACGAAGGAGGAGGACGAGAAAGAAGAGAACGAGGAGGAGGGAGAAGAAGCGUACGCCGAAUGGAACGAGUUAACGGACACGUGUCCUGUCAACACGGAAACGGCGUUAGAAUUCGAAACGGAUAUUUUCAAAGGUAAAGUCGUGUGCAGAUUUCUCGGCAUGGAAGGGGAGACGCCAGAGCAGUUUUACAUCGAGCGCGGUCAAAUAUGCAACAACAUCGCGUUUCAGGUUGUCGUGCAAGGCGAAUUUAAAGAGCGGAUACGGAUGGACCAAGUCGUUACGGGUGGUGAGUUUAAGCGUCCUUUUGAAAAUAUUCCUCCGAGAACGAUCGUGUACACCGGUCAAGAGUUGUUCAAGGUGAUCACUCCAGGAUUAGCCUGCGACGUGACUGCGAACGAGCCAUAUUACUUAGCCUUGCUCGGCGGAUUAGUUUCGCAAAUGAGCGUAGAUACGAAAGAAACGGUGCCGAACAUUUUAGAUUUUAUGAUUCCCGAACAUUGCGACAUAGUCGAAGGGAACGAUGGAUUUUUCCAAGGCGUGAAACACUUGAAUAUGCAAGCGAGAGGGUCGAGGCGCGUAAAAGAACUCGCCAAUCCGGCGACGGCCAAAAAAUAUUACUACGAACCCGGGUUAAUAUACACCUUCGAUAACAUGCAAAGUUAUUUACAUUUAGAUUCGUAUAGCUUUGACGUCGGAAAAGUGCUGACGCUCAAACUCGAGCGACAUUUGAACGGUCAACCGAUUCAAUUCUUCGCGAAAACGGGCGACGGGCGCUACGCGUUUUGUUUCGAAAUGUGGCACGAAAAGUUGUUGCCACACGCGCCGGAAUGCAGCGAGGAAGAUUACGUCAGGUUUGCGUUAGAGGGUAAGAUAAGACCAGUGUAA